AUGGUAGACGCAGUCGAGCCUGUUGAGGUAGCUGUUGACUCUGGUGCUGCUAGGGGUGCUGAGCCUACGGGUGCCGGGUCUGGGGGUGCUGAGCCUGGGGUUGCUGAGUCUGGGGGUGCUGAGCCUGGGGGUGCUGAGCCUGGGGUUGCUGAGUCUGGGGGUGCUGCGACUGGAGGUCCUCUGAGUGUCCCGUCGCGGCGGGAUCCCCUCUCUCCACUGCAGCUUCGUGAGUGGUACGCUCGGCGCUGUAGCCGUGCUGCUGGAGCUGCUGGUGGUGCUACUGGAGGUACUGCUGGUGCUGGAGCUGCUGGAGGUGCUGCUGGUGCUGGAGCUGCUAGAGGUGCUGCUUGUGCUGGUGCUGCUGGAGGUGCUGCUGAUGCUGGAGCUGCUGGAGGUGCUGCUGGUGCUGGUGCUGCUGGAGGUGCUGCUGGUGCUGGAGCUACUCGAGGUGCUGCUGGUGCUGGUGCUGCUGGAGGUGCUGCUGGUGCUAGAGCUACUGGAGGUGCUGCUGGUGCUGGAGCUGCUGGAGGUGCUGCUGGUGCUGGAGCUGCUAGUGCCGCUGGUCCUGGAGGUGCUCGUACUGGAGGUACUGGAGCUACUGGGACUGGAGCUGCUGCGGGACUUGGAGCUGGAGGUGCUGGAGCUGCUGGAGCUGCUGGUGGUGCUGCGGGAGUUGUAGCUGGAGACCCUGGAGCUGAGGGUGCUCGUGCUGUCUCUGCUGGUUCAGAAGGUGCUGCGCGGCCGCGGCCGUACUACGUUCCGCUCCUUCAGCAGGUUCUUGGCCUCCCGCCCUCUCCUGGUCCUACUCCUCCCCUACUAAGUCCACCGCCUGUCCAGUCGCAGUCACAGUUACAGCCAGCCUCUCCGCUGCCUGGUCCUUCUCCUUACGCUGGGCCGACUAGAGGUCUUACGGAGCGUCGUGAGCCUGAGUCUUGUCCUGCGUCGCCUGAGUCUCGUCCAGAGUCGCCUGUCCGCGCUGUCCGCACUAGUCGUCGUGUUCCGCGUGAGCGUCCUCCUCCUGUCCCUGGCACUCACUAUAUGACUCUGCGUCCUUCCACUGCUCCACAGCGUGUCCCUCUUCCGUCUCCUCCUGCGUCCUCUCUUCCUGACGGUCCGGACCCGGAGUCUGACUCCCUUCGUGCUGCCAGUCCUACUGUCACGCGUUUCCUCGCCACUUUUGUCACUGACCCUUCCUUUGAGUCCACUGCUGCGUCUGCUCUAGUUGCUGAGCUUGUUGACUUUGCUGCCGCCUGUCGUCUAGACUACGCCGCUAGCCUUGUUGCUGAGUCUGAGUCUGUCUGUCCUCCGUCCGUCGGGGGUGAGUGUGCUCUUGGCACGGACGUCCUUGAGGACAGACAGGAGGAGUUUGAGUGCUUUGCCGCUGCUUUACCUCAUCUCGUGUCCAUGCUGAUUGCCCCUGAGGGAGACCCGGAUGCACCAGACAUCCCGACCCCGCGCUCUUACGCAGAGGCGAUAAAGGGUCCCUACUCCUCUCAGUGGCAGUCAGCCAUGGACGUAGAGAUGGCUUCCUGGAAGUCCACAGGCACCUACGUCGACGAGGUUCCCCCGCCUGGGGCGAACAUCGUCAGUGGCAUGUGGAUUUUCAGGGUGAAGCGGCCGCCGGGUUCUCCGCCUGUCUUCAAGGCGCGUUACGUUGCACGAGGCUUCAGUCAGCGUGAGGGGGUUGACUUCUUCCAGACCUUCUCCCCUACCCCGAAGAUGACCACUCUUCGGGUUCUGCUGCACGUCGCCGCUCAGCGUGACUACGAGCUCCACUCUCUUGACUUCAGCACUGCUUUCCUACAGGGCAGCCUGCACGAGGAGAUCUGGCUGCGCCGCCCACCUGGCUUCACUGAGUCGUUUCCUGGUGGUACCCAGUGGAGCCUCCGGCGGCCAGUCUACGGUCUCCGCCAGGCACCCCGUGAGUGGCACGACACACUGAGGACGACUCUUGCUGCUCUUGGGUUUGCUCCUUCUACUGCUGACCCGUCGCUGUUUCUGCGCACCGACACCACUCUGCCGCCGUUCUACGUUCUCGUGUACGUAGACGACCUGGUCUUUGCUACUGCUGACACUGAGGCACUCGCCCACGUGAAGUCGGAGCUGCAGAAGAGACACACGUGCACAGACCUGGGUGAGCUGACAAGCUAUCUUGGCUUGCGGAUCACCCGGGACAGAGCACAGCGCACCAUUACCUUGACUCAGUCACACAUGGUGCAGCAGGUCCUUCACCGCUUCCGCUUCACGUACUCCUCGCCACAGUCCACUCCUCUGCCUACCGGUCACUCGCUCUCAGCUCCACCUUCGGACGAGUCCGUAGAGACGAGUGGCCCGUAUCCAGAGCUUGUGGGCUGCCUCAUGUACCUGAUGACAUGCACUCGACCUGACCUAGCCUACCCUCUUAGCAUCCUAGCACGCUAUGUCGCUCCUGGCCGACACGGGAAGGAGCACAUGGAUGCUGCUAAGAGGGUGUUGCGCUACUUGUGCAGUACGUCGGGCAUGGGGCUCGUGCUUGGAGGGCGAGGUCCAGUUGUCCUCACUGGUCACGCUGACGCUUCUUGGGCUGACGACUUGGCUACGCAGCGGUCGUCGCAGGGUUACACCUUCAGCCUUGGCUCCGGCUCUGUUUCUUGGCGGUCUACCCGCUCGUCUUCUGUUCUCAGCUCCAGUUGUGAGGUUGAGAUCUACGCAGGGGCCAUGGCUGCACAGGAGUUACGCUGGCUCACCUACCUGCUGACUGACCUUGGAGAGCCGCCUCGUUCUCCUCCAGUGCUGUACCUCGACAACAAGGCCAUGAUUGCCUUGUGUCAGGAGCACAGACUGGAGCACAGAACGAAGCACAUCGCUCUGCGCUACUUCCUUGCUCGAGAGUUGCAGCAGCGUGGUCAGCUUCGUCUUGCUUACGUGGCCACUCGGGCCAACACUGCUGAUGUGUUCACCAAGGCGCUUCAGCCUUGUGAUCAUCAGCGUUUCUGUACUGUUCUAGGCCUUGUGCCUACUGUGCCUCACUUUCUUACUUCUUGA